AUGGGAUUCUUCUCCCGCAUCAUCACAUUCUUCGGCCUCGUCCUGCUCGCCCAUGCAGGCUACUCCGCCUACGAACACACCCUCCUUUACAGCAACACAGCAAGCAUAGCAGGCACCGCUCUCCCGCUCGACAUUGUCAUCGAGGCCCUCGCAUCACUAGUCCUCGUCUCGGCCGGGCUUGUCCUCGGCGCAGAAAAACUCAAGCCGAUUAGUUGGAGUGAAUGGGCGGGUCAGAUUGAGCGCGAGGGUGGUGGUAGGAAUCCGUAUCUGAGGUUGGAGGAGCGGUAUGGGUUUUGGGAUGUUAGGGUGAGUUUUACCUCUCCAUGA